CUUCACACAACACACAACCUUCUUAAGCUCACGUUACAUAGAUACUGUCUCUCGUUACCGAAAGAACUGCCUCAAUCACCUCGCUCUCCCAACACCUCGACUACUUCUUACAAGGCAUUCCAACACUAGGAAACGAAUUGCGAUGAGUUAACUGUUAUACGUUAAGAAGCGUGUGUGAUGUCGAACACCAAGCCACCAUGGCCGCGUCUGCUUCGCGACAGGCUCGCUGCUCAGCAUGCAGAUGGCUCAUUCUCGUGUACUCAAUGCAAUAGUAUUUCACAGCAAGCAUCUUUACAAGCACAAGUGUUCCCUAGUCCACGUGCCGCUGGAGCCGUCAUGUGUGGACAGCGACCUAACAUGCAACACAGAUUAUGCUUCCUGCUUGGAUUUACUAGGCGAUGCAGUCGCAGAUAAGCUUCUUGCAUACCAACGUGACCUGGCGCAACGCUCAGUCCCGAUGAUGGCGCGCACCAAAGACCUCAGGGCCGUGCUCAUACAGCUGCGCAUACCAUUUGCCGAUGCUGUUUUCCCACAAGGCCAACCCUCCCCGCCGCCUGUUGCUGACAACUCGCCUCUUCCUAACAGCCCCAUGCUAGUGGAGACACGCUCCCCGCAGUCCCAGCCUUCACCGAUGGACGUCAACAGCCCAGAGGUAGAAAUGCGCUCUCCCGCUAGCGACCCAUCCAGCAGUGCGUCCCCCAACGUCUCAUCCACGUCUAAUAACGGAAGCGAGGCCGAAAGCAGUGGUUAUGACGACCACGGGGCAAGCCAUUCUACUGUUAGCGACAGCGUCGACGGGGAUGGCAGCGAGGAUGGCUCGCAUGGCCGCAGCAGUCCCGGUAGCAUGCAAGGAGGAGCUAGCCAUUCCACGGGUACCAGCGGCGGCAGCGGCAGCAGAGGUGGCGACAGUGGGCCGGACUCACUCCAUGACGACAGCUUGCUUGGCGGUGCCAGCGAUGGUGGGGAUGGCAGUGAUGGCCGCAGCGACCAUGCUGCUAGCAUGCUGGAUGAGGAUGACCCGAACACGCUGCCUGGAGAAGACCUCCUCGACCAAACCGGAACUGACGACGACGGUCUUUCUUCCGUCAGCAACAAGUCGGACGACCUCAACCUGCCAGGCGAGGUCGACCCUUACGCGUACAUUCGCAGGAUUCUGGGUCUUGAUCAUGCGCUGGAGGCGGGGGCUGGCAUCGAAACCCACCCCGCGGCUGCAGCCACUGGAGGGGACCGCUGUGCGUGUGGUUGCGGCGGCCCACCAAUUAAGCCAGGCGGCAUCAGCUGGUUCCGCCACGGCCUCGGUCUCCCCGUUUGCAAGGGUGUCGAUAGAGACGGUGCGCCGAACCCUAGUACCGUAACUACCCGCGAGUUCGUCGCGGCUCUCCUGCAAUUCCAUAUGCGGAACCACAUUCCCACAACGGUCAUGGAGACCUUGCUACGCUUGUUUGCUAGCGUGGUCCCCGGUCCGCACUUCAUUCCUCCUUCACUGUACAUGCUGUCACAGCUAGCCGGUGUCCCUGACUGGCACCAGUUCCAGCAGCACCUCUGCUCGACCGAGGGUUGCCCUGGCCAUGUAUUUGAGCCAGAGCCAGAUCCCGCCAAGUGGGAGCAGCUACGUGACGAGUGCUGCCCACACUGCCAGACACCGCGCUUCAAGUCCGUUUACGUUGGAGGCAAGGAGCGUCUUGAACCCCGGCGGUGGUCCAUCGACUUCGGCCUGGAAAAUGUUAUCCGCGAGCAGUUUUUCCAGUCCGAGCUGUACAACCAGCAGCGCGGGCGAUGCCGGGAUUGCGGAGAGGACAGCAAUGGCAGCAGCUACUACAACGCUCCGGCCUUUCGUAAACUGGCUCUCGCCACCGACCACGAGGCCCAGAAGGCGACGGCCUCGACCUAUGACCUGUUCUUUGACUUCCUAGAGCCCUUUAAGGGGAGUCCUUACUCGGUCGGAGUGCUUGCGGUUCGUGCGUGUGAUGUGGCUGCCAGGGACAAGGGGAAGUCGCAGUUUGUAGCCAUAUUAUCCAUCAUACCCGGCCCCAGGCAGCCUCCCGUACUCACUCCCUACCUCACUCCCACAAUAGACGCGUUCCGCCAUCUAUUGACAAACGGGAUGGGCGUCACGCAGUCCUGGCGAGACAAGCUCAGCGGUAAUGUCGUCAGCGAGUCAUUCGUACACAGGGGCUUUCUAUCCGCCAUACUUUCUAUUUGCGACACUUGAGGCGCUGUUGAGUUUGGUUGACCGGUUAUUGAGUCCGCUAUUGAGGCGUACGUUUGAGCAACGGUUGAGUUUGGUUGACCCGUUAUUGAGUACGAUAAUGAGGCGUUCGUUUGAGCUACGGUUGAGUUUGGUUGACCGGUUAUUGAGUACGAUGUUGAGGAGUCCUAUUGAGCGAGGGUUCAAUUUGGUUGACCCGUAAUUGAGUCUGCUAUUGAGUCUACAUUGAGUCGCCUAAUUGAGCAUGUAAUCUCAAUAUGACAUCUCAACAAUUCCGGUCACUUUGUUAAAUCUGGGACUCAAUAAGGGGGUCAAUUACACUCAAUCUAACUCAAUCUAACCCUUUCUGGGAGUGGUAUAUUACAUGUCAACGUAUCAGGGGUUCAUUCUGUGUCGUUCGAAUCAGAGGACACUGCAUGAAGUUAACGUCCUGAGGCAACACACGAUGUAUGAAAUUGGCAGAACUCUUAGAUGCUUUUUUGGUGGAAGGCUCAAUACGGCAGGUUGAGCUUGUACGGCGUAACUCGGGUGACGCAGUACAGGACUUUUCAAAUGCAAGAACUAGAGGCUA